AUGUCCCUCGCAGAGUCCAACCCCGACCACCCCCACGGGGUGACCAAACAACCCAACACAGAGAGCAUUCACGAACGAUCGCUCGACAGUCGGGAGGGUGAAAAUGACCUAGAGACGGGCAGUGAGCCCGAGUCCGAGGCUGACCUUGCCGAGAUCGAGCGCAUCUAUAGAAAGCUAGACUUCCGCAUCAUUCCCGCAUUCUGGGUGCUCUACUUCCUCUGCGCGGCGGUGCGCUCCAAUGUCGGCCUCGCGCAAACCAUGAACGAGAGCUCGGGGCAUGAUCUGGGCUCGGUGCUGAACAUGUCGCCACACCAGAUUUCCACCGCUCUCGCACUGUUCUACGUCUGCUAUGUGAUCUUCGACUUGCCCUCCAACCUGAUCAUGACCCGUCUGAGUCCCCAUGUCUGGAUGAGUCGGAUUGUCAUCAGUGUGGGGAUUAUCGGGAGCUGCAUGACGGCUAUGAAGGCCGCCUGGAGUUUAUACCUCCUCCGUCUGCUCCUAGGAAUUGUCAUCGCGGGCAUGUGGCCCGGCAUGACCUACUACCUCACCCUGUUCUACCCUCCCUCCCGCACCGGCAAACGCAUCGGCCAGUACUACACGGCCGCCCAGGUCUCCGCCGCCGUCGUCGGUCUGGUCUCGGCCGGGUUCCAGAAGAUGGACGGCGAGCGCGGCCUGGUCGGGUUCCAAUGGAUGUUCCUGGUCUACGGGGUGAUCACCACCGCGGUCGGCUUUUUACUCCUGUGGUGGCUGCCGGACCGGCCGCUCGCGCCCGGCGCGGAGCCCAAGAAGCGGAAGUACAUGUGGUGGUUCCCGCGCAGCCCGCCGGCGUUGAGCGGCCGCGACGCAGAGAUCCACUACCACGACCUCAAGCGCGUGUACCACCGCGCGCAGUGGACAUGGAAGGACCUGCUGAACGUAUUCCUGGACUGGCGCCUGUGGCCGCUGCUGAUCAUGUACUUUGGCGUCGUGGGCGUGGGCAUCGGCACGCAGAGUUACGCCACGGUCAUCAUCCAGAGCAUCAACCCUUCGCUGAACGGGAUUGAUCUCAGUCUCCUGACUGCGCCGAUAUGGAUUAUGGACCUAAUCGCCAUCCUCCUCGUCACCCCGAUCAGCGACCGCUUCCACCGCCACCGUUCCCUCUUCUUCUCCGUCCCAGUCCUCCUACAGAUCCUAGGCCUCCUGCUGACCACCUACGCCGGCACGGCGACCAACUCCUGGCCCCGGUACGGGGGGCUGCUGAUCGUGGGCUUCGGCCUGGGCCCCACCGUGCCCAUCACCAUGACCUGGACGACGGAGAUCUUCCAGCCGCGUCACGGCGAGGUCGGCGUCGCCGCCGCCUCCGCCGUCGUCUCCGGGCUCGGCAAUCUGGGGAGCAUCAUGACCACCUACGCCCUGUAUUCGGGCUGGAAGAGCGAUUACGAGGCCCCCGGCCGCGCCAAGUACCGCAAGAGUAACCUCGUCAUGGUCGGUAUCCUGUGCGCCAGUAUCCUGGCGGCUGUCACCAUGGAGGUGCUGCUGCGCGUCGUGGAUGGGAAGAAGAAUGGGGAUAAGGAAGGCGGUGGUGCGGCGGUGGCUGCGGAUGGGGCGGCCAGACGCGAGGCCAGGCAGAGGGGUCUGGAUGGGUUGGGGGCCGGGUUGUUCAAGGUCUUUAAGCGGGGUGGUUGA